ACCUCAUGUCCGUUCCCUAGCCAGACAUUUCUACAACCAGGUCCUUGAUAUCUCAAACACUCUCCUCCCUCCCCAACCCCACAACUCUCUUCCCAAACCAUCCAACCACCACAUGGGUCCAGCCGCCAGACGAUUACUUGAAGAUCAAUUUUCGACGCUGCUGUUUGUGCCACCGGGUGUUCGUCUGGGUUUGUUGUCCUUGGGUCAGACGGACAUGUGGUAUUGGCGUUUGGGUUACAAUAUCAAGGAAUAGUCAACCCUUCCCUGGCAGAGCUCCUAGCCAUUAGAGACGCUAUUUCCAUCAUCACCUGAAGAUCUUUGACUCACGUGAUAGUCGAAGGUGAUUCCGAAGUGGUCGUCAAACAGAUCCGGCAAGGCUUAAUAGAAGACUCGACUGGUGGUCCGGUGCUACGAGAGUGUCGUCAGAUCCUUAGCUCUUUGUCCAUUUGUAUAGAGUUUAGGGCGGUUCCUAGAAUUGCCAACAGUGCUGCCCAUAGAGUGGCGCGUAAAGCACUGCUUUUGUCUCGUCUAGAGCUAGAAUCUUUUGAUUUUUUGGGGUGGCUUCAUUAGAAUAUAUUGUAAGGGGUCCUGGGUAGAUUUGUAUGAAUAACUCUUGUCCUAAAUUGAUAUCACUCAGAAAUAAAAUAAAAAAGUGAGCGAGUUUAAACAUAGUUAUAACACAUAUUUGGUUAUGUUCAGCAUGAACAUUUAAAAUAUCAAAAUCUCACCGAACUUAUUACCCUCGUAUUGAGAAAAACUCACCAAAUAUAAUAUCGAUUAGAUUUUCUCAAAUUCGAAUUAGGUAAGGACAACUCAAGCCUUGUUAUCGAUUGAAUCGACUACUGAUCCACGAGCAUAUCUUGCUCCAUUUGAUUUUGUGAUUUGGCCUCUAAAGAUGUGGCUAAUUCCGGGAUAUAUGAAUAUACCGAUAUUGAAUGCUCCAUAGACUUGGUAGUUGGUACAGAGAACCAAUUCAAUUCUCCAUUCCAUCAAAAUUAGGGUUCCCAAUCGGCAGUUCUUCCAAUCCAGAACUCCAUCUCCGACCUCCCGCCUCAGUUUCCUCACUCUCAUCCGUCGAUGGAGUCGACAAAGUCUACUAAAACCGAAACUGCUGCUCAGCGGAACUCCCAGGAUCCGGUGACCGGCGACAGGCUGAGCUCCCUGCCGGACGAUAUCCUCUCCCACAUACUCUCCUACCUGCCGACCAAGCACGCCGUCGGCACCGCGGUCCUCAGCCGACGGUGGAAGGAUCCCUGGACCAGGGUCUCCAAUCUCGAUUUCGACAACCGCCUGGUUCACAAAUCCAGGCUCGCAGGGAUCCACAGAAGAGACUCGGAGUUCUGCCGCUUCGUCGACAGGGUUCUGGCCCAGCACAAGAGUCUGAACUCCCUGCGGCGAUUCCGCUUCCACCUCUCGGUGAGCUACUGCAACUUCGAGCCGAGUCGAGGUUUCUGGAGCACGAUGGAACCGGAGUCUGGGUCACAGCUCGAGGAAAUCGAUGUGAAGCUCGAGAGCGACGAUCGAUUUGGGGCCUUCCGGAAGCUGUUGCCGCCUCCGGUGAGUCUCUACACUUUGGGGAGUCUCAGAGUUUUGAAGCUCGCCGGCGUUGCUAUCAUGAUGAGUACUACCCACGACUCUGUUUUUCUCCCUAGUCUAGAAACCUUGCAGCUUUUGCUGGUGAGGACUAUGGAUUGUGAGUCAUUGCACAUGCUCAUUUCUGGUUGCCCUGUUUUAGAGACUGUUCAUAUAGAGAAUUGCUACUUCUUAGACGAAACCGAGAAAAAAACACUCAUUGCUGUCUUACCAUGCUUGAAGAACCUGAAGAUUAUCAACUACUAUGAGAGUCAUUGUAAUCCGUUGUCUCCCAUUGCGGUCGAAGCACCGAGUCUUGAGCAUCUUCAUCUUGAGAAUUCUACAAUGCUACCCUUUAUGGGCGGUAGUCCGUUGUCAUGCCUUCAUUCAGCGUGGGUUGAUAUUGGUGAUCGACAAAGCUUGCUUGAUGAUCAUCGUAGCAUGAUUCGGUUGCUCCCUCAAAUCUCCGAUAAUGCAAAGGAGAUAUACUUAUCUAGGAAGACUAUUCAUCUUAUGUCAUUUCUAUAUGAUGCUCAUCAGCUGCCUGUGACCUUCCCCAAGUUGACACAUUUGACAGCCGGAUCUGUCCAUGAUUUUCAGCAGCUGCCUUUCGUGUUUCCCCAGUUGACACAUUUGACAGUCGAAACGAGAAGCGUAUACGUUCUGCACAGCUGGCUCAACUCUGCAUCCAGAUUACAAUCCCUUGUCGCUGUUGUGGAUCAGGUAUUUCACAUGGAUCAGGAGAUUGAAAUAAAUGACGAGAUUGAUUUAGAAGCACUGGAAUGCGGAGAGGCAGAAUUUCCAGCUGGCACCCCUGAGUGUUUGUUGUCGAGCCUCGAGGAAAUUGAGAUCCGUGGCUUUUCAGCAAAUGAACAAGAGAUGAAUAUCAUAGCGUAUCUGCUCAAGGCUGGAGCUAUACUGAAGAAGAUGAAUGUGCACAUGCAUGAUUGUGUCGAAAUAGAAGGAGGAUAUGAAGAUCUUGAGUCACUGCUGCUAGAACUGCCAAGGGCAUCAAGCGCCUGUGAAGUUCGCCUUUUACAUUCAGCUAUCAGUGACAGCGUGAGAUCUAACUUCGAUAGCCACAACCAAGACAACUCGACUUUUACAUUCUGGCAGCAGGGACAAUGCGAGAACUGAAACUGUAGUGACGAUCAAGAUGACAGACGAUCACGUCCAUGGAGAAGAGACAGGUUCCCGUGCUAAAUCUACUUGCAAUUUCUACUCGAUUUCCAUUCAAUUAGUCAGAGCCCAUCUUCUCUUACCAGACUUUGCCACAUGCUUUCUAUUUAAGUAUUCAUCUAAGCUUGUCAAUCAUCUCGGCAGCACCUGUUGCAUUAGGGUGAUGAUCUUGCUUUGUUUGCAAACACGAACAACGCAGCAUCCAUUUACUUACAUCCUCCCAAAACUGAUAUCAAUUGUUACAUGGAGAACUAUUUGAAUGAAAUGAACCUUGUAGC